GCCCCCAAAAGUUAACAUGAACAUAUAUAAAAAGAUCUCUAUACUCCAAUAGUCACACUUCUACUCAGUUCAUUUCACAAAAUGCAGAUCGUAACCAUAUUGAUUUUUAGUUGCUUUGGUUGUGGUGUAUUCAGUUGGGUGGCGGAGAUGGAAAAUAAAAAUUUGUUCCAAGGAGAUAUCCAAUUAGAUCCAGACGAAAGAGUAGGCUCAAACGGUUAUGCAAGUAUUAUAGGAGGUCGUUGGCCAAACAAUGUUGUUCCAUACGAUUUGAGCAAAAUGAGUACGGAUGCACACCAAAGUAUUUUAAAUGCUAUUGCCGAUUAUCAAAGACGUACGUGCUUAAAGUUUGUGAAAAGAACAAACGAACCUACCUACCUUAGUUUCUUUGUCGGCAAUGGAUGUUCUUCUCCUGUCGGUUACAGACAAGGAAGAAUUAACACCAUUUCGUUAGGUAGAGGAUGCUUGGGACACGGCACUAUAUUACAUGAAAUUGGACAUAGUAUUGGUCUUUAUCAUGAACAGAGCAGACCUGAUCGUGACAACUAUGUUACAAUAGUUUGGAAUAAUAUUCAGAAAGAAAUGCAGUUCAACUUUAACAAGGAAACAAACAUAGAUAGUCUGCAAACUUCAUAUGAUUAUAAUUCAAUAAUGCAUUACGGUGCAACCGCAUUUGGUAAUGGUAAAUCCACGAUAAUAACUAAAGAUCCCUCAAAACAACAAGUAAUUGGAAAUCGUUCUGGGUUUAGCACAAUAGAUGUUCAACAAAUUAACGCUAUGUACAAUUGCAAAAUGGGUUGAUUGUUCACGUCGUUUUAAAUGGCAACUUACAGCGAAAGAUUCUGCAUAUGAAAUGAAGUGUGAAUAGAAUGCACUUUUAUUUUUAUUGUACGAAUAAUAUAUUGCUUAAUAAAUACUUAA